AUGAAAUUCAACAAAAGAUGUCUGACUGUGUUUUCUGACGAGAAGCCGCUUAUGGCCAUGGGGACGAAGAGCAAGCUGUUUGACACAUCGUUUUCCCUGACCUCUGAGCUGUUUCUGUACGACUACAGCACAGGAGUCCAGUAUCCGCCCCUACAAACAGACAACAAGUUUUACAAGCUCAGGUGGUGUGAAUGGGGAGAUAGAGAGCUUUUAGCAACGGGAAACGAAGAUGGAAAAGUGACUCUGUACACACCAGCGCCUGAAAAGAACAUUUCCUUUGAGCUUCUGUCCACCUGCAAUGUUCUAGAGGGAGAUGUGCUUGGACUGGACUUCAAUCCGUCGAAAGGGGUCCUUGCAGCAGGUUCAUCGAACGGGAAGAUCAUAUUCUGGAACCUGAACAAGCUUGACAGCCAAUACACGAGUGAUAUUCCGCUUACCUCGAACAUAACAUGCCUAUCGUGGAACCGAAAGGUGUCUAGGAUACUGUGUGCUGGUACGGAUGAUGGGAAGAUACUUAUCCUGGACAUCAGAGCCAAGAAUGUGGCGAUGACGCUUGGAGGGGGCGACAUAACAAUGGUUUCCGACGUCAUGUGGCAUCCAAGUGGAUCAACGUCCAUUCUAGCAGCAACAAACCAGAAAGGGCUUCAAUGCUUUAAUCUCAGUUCUGAUAGUACAUCGCAGAUAGGAGUCCAUGAGAGUGGACUGAUAAAGUUAUCUGUGGCUGGCAAAGGCCACAUGGCGGCUUCCUCGAAGGAGCAGAUCGACAUAAUCGAAACAGGGGGCAACAGAGUUGUUGACACCAUUUCUGUGGAUGGGGUAUUUGAGGUAAGUUUCUCCAGAAGAGAUCCAUUGAUGGCACUAUCAUACGUGAGUGGAACUACAGAGAUUCUUCCCCGAAUAACGACCGACGUUCUGUCCAUCAAUCCUGGAUGCAUAGUUGGAGGCUGCCUUGUUGGUAAGGAGGACGUGUACGAGAUUGAAGACGAGAAGAUGGAAGACAUCGGGGAAGAUGCAUUCAUUGGGAAGAUUAAAAGGCUUCUGUAUCCGGAUGGCCGCUACAGUCUCGACAGAAAAGGGUUGGGUGAGCUCCUGCUAGGUGAAGCCAUAGAAAGAAGCGUUACUAAGGACUCUGAGACGGAGGAGAAACUGAACGAAGGGAUGUCUGACAUGAGCUUAGGGCUAAAGCUUGACCUCAAGGAUCCCCUAACCCUAGCUCUGGUGAAAGGAGAUCUUGAAGCAGCCUAUUCUGAGUCGAUCAAGGGCAGCAAAACUGUCCCUUUUUCUCAGUUCUUGGCAUUAGCCAAAGGAAGCGGACCCCUCUCCCUCGAUUCCGAUGAUCCGUUGAUUCUUUUGUCUACUGCACAGAUUACAUCUACAUUUUCGCAUAUAUUGGAGAAGAUAUCCACGGUCCAAUGGCUGGCCCUUCUCUCCAUAAUCAGUUUUUCUCCAUUGCCCGACUCAGACUUUUUCUCGAAUGCUAUGGAGAUAGCGAGCAAGUUGAAUGAUGAAGAAAAGCUGCUUGUCUAUGCCAUGAUUAACAGGCUGGACGCCUACUUUGAGCUGAAGGAGUCUAUGUACAAGACACCUGCGAGUAUUUUCGAAGUAAGAGACUUCUUCCAAGAGUACAAGGGGAUGGUAUCCGACCUAGAGUCGAUGGGAGGCUUCUACAAGAGCCCUGUAAUUUCUGAAUAUUUUUGGUAUGCAUCAGCACAUGGAGAGAGUCCUGUUCGAAUUAGGUAUGAGGACCUAGGAAUCAACAUCUAUCUUGGAAGAGCAGAGAAUAAUGUUCUUCCUGGCAGCAAGCCUGCUUCUCCACCUGCCAAUGGCACCCACAGUAGGUCGGAUGUGUUUAAGAGGUCUCCAUCCAUGGAACCCCAGACCUAUCAAGGCCCUAGUGUUGCAAGGAAGUAUGGAAUGCCACCGAUCAAGUCAAGUAGUACGGUAGGACCCUCAUUAUAUUCUAACCAAGGUGGAAGAAGUACGGGCACCGCCAGUUCCCUAAGCAAGACAACUACUCCGGGUGUAGGCGUUAACGGCCCUGUGUGUAAGGAUACCACGCAGCCUCCAUUGUCACCAGGGCUCUCUCAGCAAAGCUUGAAGGCGUCUGGAUCUGCUUCUGAGCCAAGCAGGCCAUCCUAUUCUCCCACGCACCAAGAGCCCCAACAGAAAAUGCAUAUCCCUAGGCCUGGAUAUAGAACUAUGUCCAGCACCCCUACAUACAGCUCGGCGUCCAAGGGGGUUUCUUCAAAAGCAUACAACUCCAUGCCUGACAUCUCGAAUUUCUCGGGCUCUUCUUCUCCGGUGCCAACAUAUGGAAUGAUGUCCCGUGGAUCCUUCUCCCAGGCGCCAGGAUCGCAAGGAAGCACAUCCAAGCCAUGUAUACCCAGGCCUGGAAUGCCCUCUAGUCCCUCUCUUCGCACACAAGAUGGACAGCAGCAAAAGCCUUGCAUCCCCAUGCCACGGCCCCAAGGAAAAGAGGUGCAGACACCCUUGCAGAUUCAGCCCAGCUCCAAGGUGCAGGCAGAUGGCCUAAAUGCAGGGGAGAUACUUGACACCUUCGAGGGUGUUGUUAAGAGCCUGAUAGAAAGAGCAUCAGCCAAAGCAAACCUGAUAGUUAGGAACAAGCUCAAGGAGGUCACAAAAAGGCUUUCUAUAUACAACAGUGUCACGAGGGACACCUUUAGCCCCUUAAUCCUUAACGGGAUUGACAGAAUAAACAACGAGAUCAAGAAUGACGGGAAUGUCGAUACUAUGAAGCAGAGGAUUAGGGAGAUCAUUCUUGAGUGCACCGAAGUAGGGGAGAAUAGAGCGGACCUAUGGAUGCCUAGUAUUUACACUCUCUUACAGAUAGUCUACCACUAG